CCAGACGCAAAGAGCAUAGUCAGCAAGUACUCGAUAAUUCUGUUCCUUAUCGGGUUGCUCACAUUUUUCAGUAACAUCUUCCAGCACUAUAUAUAUGGCUUGGCUGGUGAAAGGGCAACAAAUAACCUAAGGGAGGCCCUCUUUUCAGGUUUGUCACUCAAUUAUAAAUUUGUGCCUUUCACAAUUGCAAUUAACAAAGAAGAUUAUGAUAGAUUUUUGUUAAGAAUUGUAACAUCAGCUCUCUGCAAUGAAUGCAGUCAUUCUUCGGAAUGAAAUAGGUUGGUUUGAACAACCAAAGAACAGCGUCGGCUUUCUAAACUCACGCAUCGUCGGUGACACCUCCAUGAUUAAAACCAUCAUAUCUGAUCGGAUGUCUCUCAUUGUUCAAUGUAUCUCUUCAAUUUUGAUAGCCACAGGAUUGAGCACAGUUGUGAACUGGAGGAUGGGUCUAGUUGCAUGGACUUUGAUGCCAUUCCACUUCAUUGCUGGCCUUGUACAAGUCAGGUCAGCAAAAGGUUUUGCCACUGACUUCUCUACAUCUCACCGGAAGCUAAUUUCCCUUACUUCAGAGGCUGUUAGCAACAUUCGAACUGUGGCAUCAUUUGUUCAGGAAGAUGAAAUACUAAGAAAAGCAGACUUAUCACUCCAAGAACCAAUGCGGAAAAGCAGGGUAGAGAGCAUCAAAUAUGGUGCAGUACAAGGGACUGCCCUCUUCUUGUGGCAUACGACACAUGCCAUUGCAAUGAGUUUCACCAUUAUGCUACUUGAUAAGGACCUAGCAACAUUUAAAAAUUGUGUGCGAUCAUAUCAGGCAUUUGCAAUGACAAUAUCUUCCAUCACAGAGCUAUGGUCCUUGAUCCCUAUGGUCUUGUCAGCGAUUGCAAUAUUGGAUCCUGCACUUGACAUACUCGACAGAGAAACGCAGAUUGUGCCUGAUGUUCCAAAACUGCACUCCGAAGAAAGAUUAGCAGGUGAUGUAGAGUUUCAAGAUGUCAGUUUCAGCUAUCCCUCAAGACCAGAAGUGAUCAUACUAGAUGGCUUCAAUCUAGCUAUUGAACCAGGACAAAGGGUUGCAUUGGUCGGCUCAAGUGGUUCAGGAAAAUCCACGGUGCUGGCCCUUCUGCUAAGAUUCUACGAUCCUUGCGAAGGACAAGUUCUCGUGGAUGGUAAGGACAUCCGAGACUACAAUUUGAGAUACCUGAGAAAGCACAUCGGACUAGUUCAGCAAGAGCCAAUCUUGUUUAACAUGUCUAUAAGAGAGAACAUCAGUUAUGGAAAUGAAGGUGUGUCAGAAUCAGAAAUAAUUGAGGCUGCAAUGGAAGCAAACAUCCAUGAAUUCAUCAGUGGCUUGUCAAAUGGGUAUGACACUAUGGUUGGGGACAAAGGAAGCCAGCUUUCUGGAGGUCAGAAGCAGAGGAUAGCCAUUGCAAGAACUAUACUAAAGAGACCCACCAUACUGCUACUAGAUGAGGCGACAAGUGCUCUAGAUAGUGAAUCUGAGAGGGUUGUGAUGAGUUCUCUGGGCACAAAAGAGUGGAAAAACAAGGGGGAACUGUCAAGGAAGAUCACAAGUAUCACAAUUGCACAUAGAAUAUCCACAGUCACAAGUGCAGAUGUGAUCGUUGUGAUGGAUAAAGGCCAGGUGGUCGAGAUGGGAAGCCAUGAAUCAUUAGUCUCAGCAAGCAAUGGUGUUUACUCCAAACUGUACCGUAUGCAUAGCAAAGGAGUAAAAGACUGAUAUCAAGAUGUGACGCACAAAAAGUAAAGCGAAAAUGUUGAGUCAAGAUCUGGAGGAUAAUAGGAGAGGAUCCUACUGAAAUUUGGCCAAUACACCAUUGGCAAGAAUUUGAUGCCCUUAGAGAUAUGUAAAAGCAGACUGCAGUUUAGCUUGUGAGAAAUAAGUUGGUUGAGGAUUGAUCUAUCAUAUCUAAACAGUGUUGGCUACAUAACAUUCUAUGGUGCUAAAAAGCAAUUUUAGGAUCAUUAACUGCAUGCUAGUAUGUUACAUCAAAUCAUUGAUAACUGCAAUUUUCCACAUCCCAGCUCUUCAAUUUAGGUCCUUAAUUUUCUUCAGGAUAUAAUCACCAAUUUGCCAAGGACACCUGUAUUCUUACUCUUAGCAUAAUAGCAUGCAUUAU